GGAGCUGGAGCAUCAUUCUUCUGAGACUGAUUCUACCAUGUUUCAGUCUGUAACCGUGCGAAAAAUAACCUUACAAGCAACUUUUAUCGGUGGCCUAAAUCCCCUACGGACAUAAACCAUCAUACAUAUUUUAAAUUUACAUAUAUUAGCGUAGGCUAACCGUUAGCUUUAUAUAAACGUGGACGAACAUCCAUCAACCAACAGCUAACAAGCAUAGCUAAUGAGCUAACAUCACUCUACGUUGCGUUACGAACUAAACCAAAAGCGCAAAUAUCGGACUUUCUGCUGGACUUUACUCUCCAAAGAUACGCUUUUGCUCUUAAGUAGCGUAAUAAUGUUAUUUUCACUCUUUACCAUGGGUUUACCUUUGGUUUAUGGCGUGUUUUCCACUUGGAAAGACAAAAGUUAACUUUCUCCCUAACUCUCCUUUCUCAGAGUGCACAGCAAACUCUGUUCUCCAUGAUGUGGAUGUGCGUUGCUGUUUUCCUGCUGUGGAUGAGGUCAGGAGGAUGCACAGAAAAGGCCAACAUGUCAGACCUCAUCGAAUACACAGCUGCAGACUUUUAUGAGAAACUGCACUCUGGGAAGAUGAUGUUUAUCUAUUUUGAGCACCAAGUCUCUCCAACCAUCUCUUUGUUCUUGGUGGAGUUGGAGAAGUCUGCUGAGGCUCUGCAGGAUUACGGAGUCCUGGUUGGCACGGUCAACUGUAAUAAAGAGCUGGUACAAACGUACUGCACAGAUGAAAGACUUCUGCACACGGCUUUUCUGUUCAGAGGUGGUAAGGAGUUCCUGAGUUUUGAUUUGGACACUGUCUUUGACGUCAACUCAAUCGUCUCUGAAGUUCUGUUCGCCAUUCUACGUGAUGAGGUGAAGUACGUCCACACAGAUGCUGAUCUCCUGGCCAUGGAGAAGGCAGCCAGAUGGAAGAAGGACAUUGUGCUGGGUUACGUUCAAAGUCUGGGGACACAAGAGCACAGAUCGAUCAUGGAGACAGCAUAUGUGUAUGGAUCCAAAUAUCAGUUCAUCCUCAUAACAGGAGGCCCAGUAUUGAAGCAUUUAGGUGUAAACGAAUCGUCCCACUCGUCUAGGGUGUGGUUCCUCCACUGCAGAGUCCACAGUGGGCUCAUGACCCCAGUGACCUCUGAGCGCUGCCCUUUGACCUGCAUGAGGAAACCCCUGUCUACCCUGAGCCUCCACUCCUUCCUGCAGCUCAUGGAGGCUCCACUAGUGUCUGAAGUGUAUGACGACCCCUCCUCAGUCCAGCCCCCCCAGUUCCCCUACCAGCAGACCCCCCAGGUCUUCCUCUUCUCUCGUCCCGCUACUGAGCACCUGGACCUGGACACAGCCACCACUCUGGCCUGGAGGCUACGUGGCCUCGCCCUGCUGCUGCUCGUACACAGGCAGAGUCCUGCAGUGAAAACCCCUGAUGAAUAUAAUGCUGCUUACAGGCUGCCUGACAAGAGUUCAGAGGUGAAGUAUUUGACUUUGCACAGCCUCGAUCAGGUGUUGGACCUCUUCACAAAUCAGGAGAAAGAGGAGGAUGAAGAGGAGGAGGAUGGAGAAGAAGAUGGAGAAGAAGAUGAGGGACUAGAGGAGGAUGAGGAGGAUUCUUUUGGCAACCUGGACGAUGAAGUUGCAGCGUCAGUCUUUGAAAAGCGAGGCGACUUGCUGGACAUGGACUCAGUUACGCAACUAACGUCUGAGAACUUCCACACUGCAGUGGCACAAAGCAGCCUGACAGUGGCACUCUUCUACCUCAAAUGGGACGCUGUGUCAAUGGCUUUUCUCAGCUCCUUCAUUGAAGUUGCAGAGAGACUUGCAGAUUCUGAGGUCGUCGAUGUUCAGAUGAGUGCGGUGGACUGUGGAGAGUGGACCGACCUCUGUGCCACUCAGCCAGGCAGCGACGUCCCGUUCCAGCCAAUCAUAGCCUUUCCCAGCGUCUUGGUGCUCCGCCCACAGGAGACGGCUCAACACUACAGAGGAAUGCUGGGUAGUGAGGCGCUACACCGCUUCAUCAUGAUGAGCCGCACCGAUUCUCCUGCACUGCUGUCCACUGAAGACGAAGUCACGUCCUUCCUUCAGGAGGUCCCUCAUGCUGAGCUAACGGGCUACAAGCCUGACAGAGUCGUGGGACUGUUUAAGACGCACACACAAACCGGUUUAAAAGUUUUUACUGCAGCAGCAAAGUCGCUGAGAGGAGAAGUGCUGACCGGCCUGUUGACCGAUGUUCUGGCAGAGAAAUGGGCUGCAGGCCUCGCUGUGGACCUUCCUGCUAUGUUGGUGUUUCCUUCAUGGAGGACACACACACAUCCGUCCACUCUGCCAGUGUCGUCCUCCGCUGAAGAGCUGCUCACACACAUCACCACUGCACUGCUCCACCCGAUGCCUGAGCUGACUGUGGAAAACCUGCCGUCCUUCCUGUCGCUGGGUAAAGCUCUGCUAAUUCUCUUUGUGGGAGAAGAGGAGGACGAGAUCGGACAGAGGCAGAACCAGGCGCUGGUGGAGGAGAUGAGAGGAGUUUUGGAGUUGGGAGGGAGGAGGAUGGAGGAGUACCUGCCCUGCUGGAUCCACCUUGGCCGCACUCCAGCUGGUAUGUCUGUCCUGGGGUCUUACCUGGGCUCGAUGCCUCCUCUUCCUGCCCUGGUCCUCUCACAUCUGCCCUCCGGAGGUGAAAUCUAUCGGUACCCACCCAACACCCCCAUAGCAGCGUCUUCUGUCCUGCUGUGGCUGCAGAGGAUCGAGGAUGGUACUGAGUCACCGGCAGGGACGCUGGGUGACGACAACUGGCCUCCUGCUGUCGAGUUCUACGACUUUCUGAAAAUCAUGGACAUGCAGGAAGCCGACUCCACCCAGCAGCAAACUCCUAAAGAGGAAGAAGAGGUGGAUGAGGAAGAGGUCAGUGUGGAAGAACAUUUGGUGUCAGAAGAAGUGACACAUGACAAUCCUGACAAUAAUCCCAGCAUUCACUCUGAACUGUGACGGGACAUGAUGGGAUGGAAACAAUACUACUGAUUAAAGCUGUUUUUUUUUUACUGAUCUGGGCUUUAGUUUUUUUCUUUUUAUCAAAAUUUGAUCAGAUUAUUGGAUUGUAAAUUUUAUUGCCAGAUUAGUAAAAGAUUAGCAGAAUACUUGAUGUUGAACGAACAACAUCAAGACAGUGAGUUUUUUUAACCCAUUUUAUUCUGUCCUCCGUUGUAGUUUUGGUGCCUUUAGUGCGAUAUGAAUCAUCAUCUGCAGGUGUUUCCUCAGAGGUGUUCAUAGUUUCUGUUUCCUGCUUUCUUACUGCUGUGGGUUUGUGUCGGGUUGCCAGUGAACUUGGUGGUUUCAUCAGAAAAAUGAGACAUUUCUCUUUUUUGAAAAGCUGCUUCUGAUCUACCUACCUGAAGCAAGUCACUCUGGGAAGAUUUUGCUUUUUGUUUCACUUUAGCUCAGCUAAAACCACAAAGCUUCUAAACUCGAGGGAAGUAGUUUGUCACAGCUGCAUAUUUGAAAGAAAUAUGCACAGAUCCAUUAACAAAAACUAUAAAAUUGUAAUUACAAAUGAGAUUAAUUGACUGAUGUUGAUUUUAUUUUAAUCAUUAAAGGCACAGUGCCAGUAAGGCCUGCUAACAUUUUAAUCAUCACACGAUCUGCACCUUUUCUGCACGUUUGCUGCACUCAUAACGUUAUGAACAGGAACCUUUAAACUGUUGCCACAUCUGCCAAACCACUGAUGAGAUAACGCUACGUAUGGAAACUGCAGUGACAUUAGGUGAAGGACAUCUGUGGCUUGGAAAUUUUUCUGACGCUGGAUUUCCCAUCAGUCCACCUACUACUAGCCCGGUAAUGACAGCAGCAUCACGUGUGACUUUUCCCAGCAGUUGAAAUGCAACACAGAGCAGAUGGAAUAGCUUUGUUGGAUUUGUCUAAUUUAAUUAGCUCUGUGGGUUUAGAUGUAGUUUAUGGGACCUUGAGUCAUUUAAAUGAAUUAGUGUUGCAGAUAAAAGAGAACAUCCACCCUAAACGUGCACUGGACAGUCUGAGGGGCUCUUGGUCGCAUGGAUUCUUUACCCCAUCUUUGCUUUGUAUUUAUUCUCACUGAGAUGAUGCACUGAGCUUUAGAUCACAGGAGGAACAGUUUAAGGUCUGGCAGGAGAAAAUACAUACAUAUGGAGUCAUAUAGGGAGUAUAAUAAAAUUCAUUGUUCAUCUAUGAAAGAAGAAAUGCAUUUUUUUAAGGUAUAGUAAGACAAUCCAAGCCCAAGAGGACCUGAUGUGAAACAAUAAGGAGUCCCUCAAAUUAUAAAAUGCUUCAAAAUAAGAAAAAUAAAAUAGAUUUGACUAAAAUUGUAUUGAUAACCUCAAGGUUUAACAGUUAUUGCUGGCAUUUUUAAAAUUUCUCUGUCAUAACUGUUUUACCUAUUUAUUUAGGUUUGUAAAAUAUGUGAAACAGCGCCUCCCUUGGAUGUAACUGCCAUAAACGCUAAACUGUAUCUGUGGUCAAAGGCGGUACUGCUUCCUUGCCUGAGUAAGAAGAGACGCCAGGUGAAGUUGAUUAACGGAAAUUAAAAAUGUUAAAUGAGACGCUGAAACUCUAACAGCGCCAUGGAAAUGUGACUGAAUACGUCUCAGAGGGGAAAAAACUCCAAAGUGAUGUGGGAACGUCGUCGUUUUGUGGACUUGCAGCAAGAAAAGCAAAAUGUUGGUAUUUUUAACAUGGCAGAAAGUGUGAGUUAGCUAACGUUAGCAUCGAGCGUUACCGCGUUUUUAAAGGCUAAGCUAGUUGAGCUAGCUGGAGAGGAGAUGAGCAGUUCUGUCAACGAAAUGACCGUCGACAUGGGCGCUUACUUCAACUUAAAGACUCCAGAGUGGAUUUGGACAUCAAAUAGCGUGAGUCAGAUACACCAUCUGUCCUUCUGUCCGUCUGUCUGUCUUUGCUAGCUGGUUUCUCUCCUGAUAGUUAGCUUAGUAGCUCAGGUCUAUGCAUUUAGCCAAAGACAAACUUUGGUUUAGCCUCCUGCUCCAGUCAUAUUGUAAAUACUUUACUGUCUUGAUGCUUUUUUGUGUAAAUUUUCCUAAAUUUGUAUGUAAUGGUUUUUCAGUCACCUGCAGUUUGCUGAAUGUAAUUAAGUGCUCUUUGAGUAUUUCCAUUUAAUGCACCUUUAUUCUUUCACUCUACUACAUCUCAGAAGCAAAUGUUUUGCUUUUUACUGCAUUACAAUUGUGUGACAGUUUUAUGUACUAGUGUCUUUUCAGAAUACACAUUUUCAUAGUCUUUUUAGUGAAAAUUCCACAUCUUUAAAUGUGAUUUUGAAUGUGUGUGAGAAACUCAAGGAUGUGUGUAUCCUGCAGUAAUAUUGCUCCAAAUCCAUCAUAUAGUAAAACAGUUCAUGGUGUAGUAUGAGCACUCUUUCUUAAGUAAAGGAUCUGAAUACUUCUUCCAUCAAUGACUGCUAGAGUUGGUUGUGAGAAUUUAAUCGUACUUGUUUGGUUUUUAAGUUGUGUAUAUAUUGAGUAGUGAGCUUUAAUAACUAACUAGCAUAUUGUUGACCGUUUUGUAUGGGAAAUACAAAGAAAAUAGCAUGUGUUUAAUACAUACAAUUAUACUUUUAGGUGUUUCUGAAGUAUGCAGUGUCAAUCUGUGCCUGUCUACUCUUUGUUGUACAAGUCUUAUGAUAUGUCAUAGUUAAUUUUAGAUUGGAACCAAAAUUUCUCUGUCUUAAAGUUUCCUAUUUCUUAUUUUGCAGUUUGUUGUAUUCAUGUGUUCUGAAUAUUGAGAGGAAAAUAUCCCCUACUCAACCUGGAAAUGUACACCUAUGGUGUGGCCCAUGUGGUUUACCGUGAUCCAGUGAACUUAUGUAAUUAUAACAGGUGAAGUUUUCCUUUAGCAGUAUUUAUAGAUGGGAAACCUUGACUAAAAUGAGAGAUUGUCUUCUUUUUUGCAAUGGUAAAGGCCAAAAAACUACUGGAACGCAGUCCUCAAAUAAUAUCUGAUUCCUGUCUUGA